AUGCGCAUCGCGUUGGUGGGCUGCGGCCAUGGCGAGCUCGACUCGAUCUACGCAUCCGUGGCGCAGAUCGAGGCGGUUCACCAGACCACCGUCGACCUCCUCCUCAUUUGCGGCGACUUCCAGGCCGUCCGCAACCAGUCCGACCUGGCGACGAUGGCAUGCCCCGCAAAGUACCGCUCGAUGCAGGACUUUCACCGGUACUACUCUGGCGAGAAGCGUGCGCCCGUCCUCACGAUCUUCAUCGGCGGCAACCACGAGGCGUCCUCCCACCUCUGGGAGCUCUACUACGGCGGCUGGGUCGCGCCCAACAUCUACUUCCUCGGGUACGCGGGCGUGGUGUCGGUGGGAGGCGUCCGCAUCGGAGGGCUGAGCGGCAUCUACAACGGGCGCCACUACCACACCGGCCACUGCGAGGCGCCUCCCUACUCCGACUCGGACAUGCGGUCCGCGUACCACGUGCUCCGGCUGCUCCAGCUCCGCCAGCCGAUGGACGUCUUCCUCUCGCACGACUGGCCCGCCCACAUCGCCACGAUGGGCGACACAAACGCGCUGCUCCGCAAAAAGUCCUUUCUGCGCGACGAGGCGGUCGUGCCGGGGCCUCCCUCCCAAGCUGCUCGGACCCUUCCUGCAGGCGAGCAGCUGCUCAAGCACCUCAAGCCCGACUACUGGUUCGCGGCGCACCUGCACGUCAAGUUCGCGGCGGUGGUGCAGCACGCCGCCGGAGCGAGCGCCACUCGCUUCCUCUCCCUCGACAAGUGCCUCCCGCAGCGCGACUUUAUGCAGGCCUCGCACCGACCCCCUGAACCCCGACCCCUCUCGCCCUCGCACCUCUCGCCCUCGCCCCCCCAACCCUGUGCCCCCGGGCUGCUCAGCGCCCGCCGCCGCCCUCCGCAGCUGAUCACCGUCGAUGGCGACGGCUCGCCCCCCGUGCUGCGCUACGACGCCGAGUGGAUCGCGGCGGUCGGUAGAGCGAGCGGCGGCCGCGCCGACUUUGGGCCGAGCGAGGAGGAGCUCAGCAGCGUGCUCGAGGCGGCCGGCGGAGACUUGGCGGUGCCGCUCGACUUUGCGGUCACCGCGCCGCCGUACCAGCACGGCGACCCGCCGGCGGCGCAGCCGCACUUUGCGGAGAGCCCGCAGACGGCGGCGUUCGCGCGCACUUUUGGGUUGCCCGCCGAGUUCCGCUCGCAGGCGGGCGGCACGUCCGGCCCGGCGGUCCGGGACGGGAGGGGGCUGCACGGCGUGGACGGCGGGCUCUGCCUGCCCGUGCCUCCGCCGCCGCCGACCACGGCGGCCGACGGGGUCUUUGCGCCGCUUCCGGUGGACGAGGAGAUUGACCUCGGGGACGACUGA